AUGAGUAUGGACGACAUGGUGAACCUGGUGGAGAGCAUAGACGCCUUCAAGGAAUUGCUCCAUGUUCACUUGACGGAAAUGAACGACUUAGGUGAAGUAAAGACUUACAUAGAAAUAAAAAUCGAAUACGAUCAUAAGAAAUGUAAGAUGAAAUUAGAUCAAAAUAGUUAUAUAGAGUCAUUAGCGAGACAAUAUGAUAUAGAAAAUAGUAAAAAACUAUAUUCUACACCAAUGGAACAAAACUUAAGUUUAGAACCCGCACAAUCAGCAUCAGACAAUAUAAGAUAUAGAAAUCUCAUAGGAGCUUUAUUAUAUAUUAGUACUGGAACAAGAUUCGACGUUAGCUAUAGUGUAAACUAUUUAAGUCGAUUUCAAAAGUCGGUUACGACGGGACCCAUUAUAAAUAUGCAUUGA